AUGGCCAACUCCUCCUCGUCGACCAAGGAGACUAAAGAGAAGAAGAAGCGCGGAAACCGGGGCGAUUUUCAUGGACAACGACUCAAGUUUCUGGAAGCCAACCUACCCAACUAUCAAAGGGUGUCGAAGGAGGGGAAGGUUCGGCCAUGGUUCAACGAUGUCCUGUUCCCUGAGUAUUGGGCCAAAUUCCACUGGAGUUUACCACUGGAAAAGGAGCCGUCACCAAGCGAUGUGUACCCGGGAAAUGAUUCGCUCACCAAGGCUGAGGAGGAGACAAAGGAAACAACCAUGAAGGCAAUGGGAGCGAAGAUUCGAAGUUGGUUUAACUAUCGGCGCAACCUCCUUGGACUCAAUACAAGCAAGGACCCAUGGGGGCCUUGGUUGGCUCAGCUACAUAAACCACUCGAUGGCCCCCCUCGACUGGCGCACGAUUACCAAUUCUAUAUGCGGCAUCCCGAAUUCAAAGCGAAGGUAACCGACACCUUCAACGCCGAAUGCGCAAGGGAGGUUCGCCCCCAGGGGGACCUAAUAGCUUUUCGUUGCGAGGUAUCCAAGGGUCUUUUGGCUGCAGAGCCCCCCGCUGUGAAGCAGCGACUGCUAGAUGAAGCGAAGGAGGCGCACAGGGUUGCGAUGGAGAGGUACGAGCAAGGGGUCCAUGUGGCGGAUUGUGAAGACCCCGAGCAACGUGCAGAGGCGAUUGCUUCGCUUUCAACAGUCGUGCAACCUCUCCUUGAUGGCCUUCGUGCACACACUGGAAUGUACUUCCAGUUGAUGGCAGCAACCCCUUCAACGGAUAACUCUUCUGCACAGUGCGUUUUUCUCGGUGCUGGCAAGUCCGAAAAUGGGCUCGACUUUUCAGGCCUUGACCCAGUCGGUUUUCAAGCCUUUACGAAGCUUUUUCUGCGCUGGACGAUGGUAGCAUCUGGUGCAUUGCCUAUCUCCUCCCUCUCAGGCGGCGUCCACUUUCCUUCAGCCCCAACACCCAUGAACCCUAUCGUACCAGCGGUGACGCAGAGCCUCCAUGAUGAUCGCAACCCAGUCGCUCAAGUAUCCACAAGGGUUGGGGCCACCCAUGGCUCGCCUGGCGUAACGAAUCAACCGUCGAACCCAGCAGGCAGAGCAACAGGCUCUACUGUCAGCACGGUGGAAGAGCGGGCUGCACGAGCUACGGAACGGCUUGAGAGAGCGAAGGAAGCCACUCGGCUGCUUUUAUUGGACGCUGGUUUGGAGGUUUCGCCCCCCCUACUCCUCCAGAUAGCUCAGAUGACGCCGUCAGACAAGGCAGCGAGAAUAGCGUCGCUUCGUCGGAUGAGCAGCUUCGAAGUCGAGCGGGAGGAGAACAUUGCCCGCAAUGCCGAGCUUCUUGCUGCCUUGGGGGUCGACAGUGGGGCCGUGGCUGCAUUGUUUGCAGAUCCCAAACGAGGAACACUGCCAACCGCAGACGAGAACGAGGGGGACAACGACGAUUAUCGGCCAGAGAAGGGUGCCGGCCCUUCUAAGCCUGUCUCAAAGCAAGGGGAGAUGCGACGAUCGAGUCGACUUUUGACACAGACGAACGGUUCGGAUGGCUUGCAAGAGAGAGAUGAAGGUUUACCCCAGGGUGAGGAGGGUAUGGUAGGGGAGGAAGAAGCCACCACGGACGCUGGGACCCAAAACCCUACCUCCAAGCAAACAGGCUCCGUACACCGGUCCAGUCGACAUUCUACCAAAACAAACACCGCGGAAGACCCCCAAGUAGGUGCAAACAUAUGCGAACGGCCGCCUCAAAGCGAAGUCGCUGUAACGAGGAAGAAGCGCACCGCCGACUCGGCUGUCGAGGCCCCGAAGUGGUACACCGAAGGUGCAGCGAAGUUCUCUGAGGUCGACCGAUCCGUCUAUGGUGAUCAGUGGUUCGUGUUGGUGAACCUUUGGAAGGGCCAAGAGGAAAGAUAUGGGUACCUUUCCAAUGGCCCUGAGAUGUCCAAGCUUCACCGGCCACCUCAAGUAGGGACAUGGGUCAAGUCUGCACGGUUCUUCCAUCGUAUUCCGAACAUCCCAGACCCAAUAGAAUUCGCUGAACAAUGGUGGGCCUGGUGGCGCGCGGCCAACCCCUCCUGGCAGGUUUCGGACGACUCAGACGCCCUCCUGAAGGAAGGUGGUGGCACGCUGGAUGGUGUUGCUCCACCCGGGCCCAACGGCAUAGUGGGCGCAAUCACAGCCCUCUGGUGGUGGCGAGCGGUAACCCCCGAUUCGAGCAUUGCCAUCAACGACUGGCAGGAGGCCGUUGAUGACGUAUCCUGGGUUUUGGGGCGGUUGGCCGAGGACGACGAGGGUGAACCAACAGAAGAGCAACCUACUAAACGGUAA